AUGCUAUCGGUUCUCGCUGCCACGUCGACAGAAGGACAAAGGGUUAUAUUUCAUGGGCCUAACACGGUUUUGGAAACCGAAUUUGCCGGUCUGCCAGAACUCAGAGAGGGAGAGAUAUUAGGGAAGAUGAAAGCGGCGACGAUAUGUGGCUCGGAUCUGCAUACGAUUAUAGGAAGAAGGACAGAACCAGUACCAAGCAUCUUGGGUCAUGAAGGUGUUGUGGAAGUUGUUGACCACAAGUGUUCUCAUGAAAAGGUGCAAAUUGGUGACAGACUGACAUUUACAGUUGCUGAUUCCUGUCAUUCUUGUGAAAGAUGUGAAAGUGACUUGACACAGAAAUGCUUCUCUCUUUUCAAGUAUGGUCAUGCAGAUAUGUCAAGUGGAACUGGUUGGAAUGGCUGCUAUGCAACACAUAUUGUUUUACGCAAGGGGACCCACAUUGUGAAGCUGCCUGACAAUGUAGAUGACAAGAUUGGAGCGACUCUAAAUUGUGCGUUCGCAUCCAUGACAAAUGCUGUAGAGCCAUUGAUGGAUUUACAUAAUUUGGAAAAAAAACGAGAAGCAAACAAAAAGAAGUCUGUCUUGGUGCAGGGUGCAGGACUUCUUGGCAUCUUCAGUUGUGCUUUAUUUCGGGAGGCUGGGUAUGAAAAGAUUUAUUGUUAUGAUGUUCACACAGAAAGAUUGAAGAUGGCUGAGAAAUUUGGAGCUGUGUCCCUUAAUGGUGCCAAUCAGGAAGAGGAGAAACUUCAGGACAAUAGUAUAGAUACUGUGAUGGAGGUCAGCGGUGUAAAGAACGUCUUUCCCAAAGGCAUGCGUGUCAUCAAGCCUGGUGGAUUCUAUACAUUUGUUGGCCUGGUCCAUCCGGACUCAAAACUUGAACUUACAGCUGAACAAAUUAUUAGGAAGUGUUUGACUAUUAGAGGCAUUCAUAAUUAUGGUCCAAGGCAUUUGGAACAAGCCGUGGAUUUCCUGAGCGAUACGGUCGAUAAAUAUCCUUACGACGAACUUGUCAGCCCAUCUUUUGACCUCGACCAGAUAAACGAGGCGGUCAAGUUAGCCUUGAGUAAAAAAUAUCUUCGUGUUUGUGUGGAACCUGGUGUAGGUAAACUAGCGAACUAGAUAUGCGUUUCAAAACGAUUCAAUCCAGUCAAAUUAACAAUUUUACAUCCUUAAAUUUAGGUAGUUUCAAAGUUAUAUUUGCCAAAUAAUGAAUAUUAUUUGAACCCUAUAUAUAUAUCAAAAUGUUAAAGAAAAUUUUGAAAAGUUAUCUUAAACUCGCUUAAUUUUACUUAGAACAUCCCAAAUUUAGUGAACUCGCAAAGUUUGGUAGCGAAAUAUUGUGAGAAUGAUAUAAAAUUUGCUUUUCUAACGCUGUAAAUUUUGUAAAUGUGCAUACGUCCUCGAGUUAAUUGAUUUAUUGAUUGAUUUAAUUGAUUUUAUUGAGAAGGGUAUAAAUUUUCCCGCGCAAACUAUACAAAAGCUUUUCGUUGCUCAACUUAGCGAAUUUACUUAGUGAAUUUGCGAUGCUCAUUCGAGCUGCGGUAAAUUAGACCAGUUUAAGAUACCUUUUUACGGCGUUCACACUGGAAAUUUUUUUUUAAAUGCCUACUAUGGACAUUUCAAUUAGUAUGGUCAUUGUAUACUCUUUCCAUACUAUAUCCAUAGUAUGAAAAUGGUAAUUAGUAUGGAUAUUGUAAACUUCCAUACUAUCUCCAACUAGCAUCCAUACUGUAUCCCAUUACAUGGAUUUUGAAAUAAAUUUCGAGUGUCAGGUGCA